UCCCCCUCCACCCCCCACCCCCGGAUGGGGAAAAAAAAAAAAGAUGUCAGCUCCUCGGCUGUAGUAUUGCUCCUUAAAAACCCCUCUCUCUGAAAAUGACAUGCCCUCGCCAUGUAACUCCUAACUCGUAUUUGGAGCCCCUGGCUGCGUCUUGCAGAGCGGAGACCUAUACGUCCAACCCAGGGAUGUACAUGCAAUCCGGGAGUGACUUCAACUGUGGGGUGAUGAGGAACUGUGGGAUUGUGCCCUCUCUGUCCAAGAGAGACGAGGGCGGCAGCCCCAGCCUCUCUCUCAACACCUACCCGUCUUACCUUUCGCAGCUGGACUCGUGGUGCGAUCCCAAAACCGCGUACCGUAUAGAACAACCUGUUGGCAGACAGCUGUCGUCCUGCUCCUACCCAACUAGUGUCAAGGAGGAGAAUGUGUGUUGCAUGUAUAGCGCCGAGAAAAGGGCAAAAAAUGGUCCUGAGACAGCCCUUUACCCUAACCCCUUACCCGAGUCCUGCCUCGGGGAGCACGAAGUCCCUGUCCCCAGCUAUUAUAGAGCCAGCCAGAGCUACCCCACCCUGGAGAAACCGCCCCACUGCUCUGGAGCGACCGAGUUCGAGGCGAGUUUCGAACCCCGGGCCAGCCUCCAUUCCCGGAGUGAACAUCUGGAAUCGCCUCAGCUUGGGGGGAAAGUGAGUUUCCCCGAGACUCCCAAGUCGGACAGCCAGACCCCGAGCCCCAACGAAAUCAAAACGGAGAAGAGCCUGGUGGGACCCAAAACUAGCCCUUCGGAAAGCGAGAAGGAGCUGAGUAAGACUACCGACACAAGUACCGAUAAUUCUGAUAACGAAGCUAAAGAGGAUAUAAAGGCAGAAAACACGACAGGAAAUUGGCUGACAGCAAAGAGCGGAAGGAAGAAGAGGUGCCCCUAUACUAAACACCAGACGUUGGAACUGGAGAAAGAGUUUCUGUUCAAUAUGUAUUUGACCCGAGAGCGCCGCCUGGAGAUUAGCAAGACGAUUAACCUUACAGACAGACAAGUCAAAAUCUGGUUUCAAAAUCGCAGAAUGAAACUCAAGAAAAUGAACCGAGAGAAUCGAAUUCGCGAACUGACCUCCAAUUUUAAUUUCACCUGAGCGCGCAGGCUCCCCGCCCUCUCCCGCCCCCCUCUCUGUCCCCGCCCCCUCCUCCCCCUUUGUGCGGGCUGAGUUUUUUCUUCGAGUAUAAAUGCACUGUGUAUGCAAAAAGAAAAAAAAAAGAUCUCAGACUCUCCUUCGGAGGGACUUCUUGUUGGUGCAGCGAAGAAGCCUCAAUAUAAGCAAGAGAAGAUCUAUAUCUAUACCUGUGACUAUAUAUGUGUGUGCAUACACUCACUUAGCAUCCUUGUAAUCCAUGUAGCGUUAAGGUUAAAUCCAUUCAGAUCGCUUAAAGAGAGAAAAGCCCACCAAAUUUUAUAUAUAUAUGUGUAUACAUAUAUAUAUGUGUGUGUUCAUAUAUGUAUCUAUACAUA